AUGCCAAACCUGGACGAUGCCAAGGCCAGGGCUGAGAUGAUGGCUCGGCAAGUGAACGAGGAGUUAGCGAAGCGCGGGAUAGGCGUGCAGCGAAAGCCGGAAACAGCGGCGGCUGGGCCGCCGGGAAAACCGCCGCCAGAGGAGAUUGUGAAGGAGGUGGUGAUUAACGAGUGUAACCCUAACGUGCGUUACCAGCUCACGCGCCGCGGCACUCAAAACGAUGUGAGAGAUUUUCCACACGCGCAUGCUUCCCCCGUUGUUCUCCCACGCCUCAUUUGUUCAAAUGCCCUUCCCGCCCGCAUGUCCAUCACCACUCAUCUUCCUUUCCCCCAUUUCUGUUUCUCCUCAUCGUCCCCUCCCCCUUCUCCGCCUGCUUGCAUGCCCGCCCGCCUUCACCCCAGGGGCAAGUUCUGCAACAUAAACGAUCCGAAGAAUCGUGACCGUCCGUUGUAUCUGCAUGUGUCUCCUUCCACCGAGGCCAAGACGCCUGAGGAGAAGCAGCGGAUGGUGGACGCAGCCGUCCGUAUGAUCGAGGACAUCAUGAAUCUACGGCCAGGAGAGCAGCCCAGGACCCAGGCCCCCGAUCGGGCCGAUCCGGGCCGUCCGCCGUGGCGUGACGAGCGGUCGAGAUCGUCCCGGACCUAUGACCCCGCGUAUGGCCCUCCUCCCCCCCACGGUUACCCAGGCUACCCCCCUCCUGCUGGUGCUCCUGCUGCCCCGUAUCCGCCUCAGGGUGCCCCUGGGUAUAGCCCUCCCCCGCAGGGUGCUACUGGUGAAUACCCCCCUCAGGCGCCUGGGCAGUAUGGGCAGUACCCUCCGCCUGCUUAUCCUCCCGCUGCUGGGGGUUACCCUGCUGGGGCAUAUGCGCCUCCCCCAGGUGCACCUCCCCCUGGUGGCGCCUAUGGCGCGCCCCCUGCUGGGGCGUAUGGGGAGGGGUAUGGCGCCCCGUCCGCUUCUGCUGGGUCCAUCCCCCCGGGCAGCAACAUCGUGCUGGUGUUUGCGGGGUUUGAGCCUACCCGCGAGUUCGACGCAUCUGGGCGCAUCAGAGGACCCAAUGACUCAUAUCUCGAGCACAUCCACACGUCCACGGGCAUCAAGGCGACGCUGCACGGACGAUGCUCCAACAACCACGAGAUCAAUGGCGAAGGUGAGAUCAACGGCGAAGGUGAGAUCAACGGCGAAGGUGAGAUCAACGGCGAAGGUGAGAUCAACGGCGAAGGUGAGAUCAACGGCGAAGGUGAGAUCAACGGCGAAGGUGAGAUCAACGGCGAAGGUGAGAUCAACGGCGAAGGUGAGAUCAACGGCGAAGGUGAGAUCAACGGCGAAGGUGAGAUCAACGGCGAAGGUGAGAUCAACGGCGAAGGUGAGAUCAACGGCGAAGGUGAGAUCAACGGCGAAGGUGAGAUCAACGGCGAAGGUGAGAUCAACGGCGAAGGUGAGAUCAACGGCGAAGGUGAGAUCAACGGCGAAGGUGAGAUCAACGGCGAAGGUGAGAUCAACGGCGAAGGUGAGAUCAACGGCGAAGGUGAGAUCAACGGCGAAGGUGAGAUCAACGGCGAAGGUGAGAUCAACGGCGAAGGUGAGAUCAACGGCGAAGGUGAGAUCAACGGCGAAGGUGAGAUCAACGGCGAAGGUGAGAUCAACGGCGAAGGUGCGAUCAACGGCGAAGGUGCGAUCAACGGCGAAGGUGAGAUCAACGGCGAAGGUGAGAUCAACGGCGAAGGUGAGAUCAACGGCGAAGGUGAGAUCAACGGCGAAGGUGCGAUCAACGGCGAAGGUGAGAUCAACGGCGAAGGUGAGAUCAACGGCGAAGGUGAGAUCAACGGCGAAGGUGAGAUCAACGGCGAAGGUGAGAUCAACGGCGAAGGUGAGAUCAACGGCGAAGGUGAGAUCAACGGCGAAGGUGAGAUCAACGGCGAAGGUGAGAUCAACGGCGAAGGUGAGAUCAACGGCGAAGGUGAGAUCGACGGCGAAGGUGAGAUCGACGGCGAAGGUGAGAUCGACGGCGAAGGUGAGAUCGACGGCGAAGGUGAGAUCAACGGCGAAGGUGAGAUCAACGGCGAAGGUGAGAUCAACGGCGAAGGUGAGAUCAACGGCGAAGGUGAGAUCAACGGCGAAGGUGAGAUCAACGGCGAAGGUGAGAUCAACGGCGAAGGUGAGAUCAACGGCGAAGGUGAGAUCGACGGCGAAGGUGAGAUCGACGGCGAAGGUGAGAUCGACGGCGAAGGUGAGAUCGACGGCGAAGGUGAGAUCGACGGCGAAGGUGAGAUCGACGGCGAAGGUGAGAUCGACGGCGAAGGUGAGAUCGACGGCGAAGGUGAGAUCGACGGCGAAGGUGAGAUCGACGGCGAAGGUGAGAUCAACGGCGAAGGUGAGAUCAACGGCGAAGGUGAGAUCAACGGCGAAGGUGAGAUCAACGGCGAAGGUGAGAUCAACGGCGAAGGUGAGAUCAACGGCGAAGGUGAGAUCAACGGCGAAGGUGAGAUCAACGGCGAAGGUGAGAUCAACGGCGGAGGUGAGAUCAACGGCGGAGGUGAGAUCAACGGCGGAGGUGAGAUCAACGGCGAAGGUGAGAUCAACGGCGAAGGUGAGAUCAACGGCGAAGGUGAGAUCAACGGCGAAGGUGAGAUCAACGGCGAAGGUGAGAUCAACGGCGAAGGUGAGAUCAACGGCGAAGGUGAGAUCAACGGCGAAGGUGAGAUCAACGGCGAAGGUGAGAUCAACGGCGAAGGUGAGAUCAACGGCGAAGGUGAGAUCAACGGCGAAGGUGAGAUCAACGGCGAAGGUGAGAUCAACGGCGAAGGUGAGAUCAACGGCGAAGGUGAGAUCAACGGCGAAGGUGAGAUCAACGGCGAAGGUGAGAUCAACGGCGAAGGUGCGAUCAACGGCGAAGGUGAGAUCAACGGCGAAGGUGAGAUCAACGGCGAAGGUGAGAUCAACGGCGAAGGUGAGAUCAACGGCGAAGGUGCGAUCAACGGCGAAGGUGAGAUCAACGGCGAAGGUGAGAUCAACGGCGAAGGUGAGAUCAACGGCGAAGGUGAGAUCAACGGCGAAGGUGAGAUCAACGGCGAAGGUGAGAUCAACGGCGAAGGUGAGAUCAACGGCGAAGGUGAGAUCAACGGCGAAGGUGAGAUCAACGGCGAAGGUGAGAUCAACGGCGAAGGUGAGAUCAACGGCGAAGGUGAGAUCAACGGCGAAGGUGAGAUCAACGGCGAAGGUGAGAUCAACGGCGAAGGUGAGAUCAACGGCGAAGGUGAGAUCAACGGCGAAGGUGAGAUCAACGGCGAAGGUGAGAUCAACGGCGAAGGUGAGAUCAACGGCGAAGGUGAGAUCAACGGCGAAGGUGAGAUCAACGGCGAAGGUGAGAUCAACGGCGAAGGUGAGAUCAACGGCGAAGGUGAGAUCAACGGCGAAGGUGAGAUCAACGGCGAAGGUGAGAUCAACGGCGAAGGUGAGAUCAACGGCGAAGGUGAGAUCAACGGCGAAGGUGAGAUCAACGGCGAAGGUGAGAUCAACGGCGAAGGUGAGAUCAACGGCGAAGGUGAGAUCAACGGCGAAGGUGAGAUCAACGGCGAAGGUGAGAUCAACGGCGAAGGUGAGAUCAACGGCGAAGGUGAGAUCAACGGCGAAGGUGAGAUCAACGGCGAAGGUGAGAUCAACGGCGAAGGUGAGAUCAACGGCGAAGGUGAGAUCAACGGCGAAGGUGAGAUCAACGGCGAAGGUGAGAUCAACGGCGAAGGUGAGAUCAACGGCGAAGGUGAGAUCAACGGCGAAGGUGAGAUCAACGGCGAAGGUGAGAUCAACGGCGAAGGUGAGAUCAACGGCGAAGGUGAGAUCAACGGCGAAGGUGAGAUCAACGGCGAAGGUGAGAUCAACGGCGAAGGUGAGAUCAACGGCGAAGGUGAGAUCAACGGCGAAGGUGAGAUCAACGGCGAAGGUGAGAUCAACGGCGAAGGUGAGAUCAACGGCGAAGGUGAGAUCAACGGCGAAGGUGAGAUCAACGGCGAAGGUGAGAUCAACGGCGAAGGUGAGAUCAACGGCGAAGGUGAGAUCAACGGCGAAGGUGAGAUCAACGGCGAAGGUGAGAUCAACGGCGAAGGUGAGAUCAACGGCGAAGGUGAGAUCAACGGCGAAGGUGAGAUCAACGGCGAAGGUGAGAUCAACGGCGAAGGUGAGAUCAACGGCGAAGGUGAGAUCAACGGCGAAGGUGAGAUCAACGGCGAAGGUGAGAUCAACGGCGAAGGUGAGAUCAACGGCGAAGGUGAGAUCAACGGCGAAGGUGAGAUCAACGGCGAAGGUGAGAUCAACGGCGAAGGUGAGAUCAACGGCGAAGGUGAGAUCAACGGCGAAGGUGAGAUCAACGGCGAAGGUGAGAUCAACGGCGAAGGUGAGAUCAACGGCGAAGGUGAGAUCAACGGCGAAGGUGAGAUCAACGGCGAAGGUGAGAUCAACGGCGAAGGUGAGAUCAACGGCGAAGCCGCAGCAACAGCAACAGCAGCAGCAGCAGCAGCAGCAGCAGCAGCAGCAGCAGCAGCAGCAGCAGCAGCAGCAGCAGCAGCAGCAGCAGCAGCAGCAGCAGCAGCAGCAGCAGCAGCAGCAGCAGCAGCAGCAGCAGCAGCAGCAGCAGCAGCAGCAGCAGCAGCAGCAGCAGCAGCAGCAGCAGCAGUACCAGUCUUCUUCCAUGCCUCCGCCGCAGGCUCGGUCGGUCAUGGGCCCGCCGCCGCCGAAGCUGCCGGCCAGGCUCGGUGGAGGAGGUGGAGGCCAGGCAAAUGUGCAAAAUGGCUCGGCAGGUGGCCCGGGAGGCAUGACUCUGGUGGACUAUGGGGAGGAGGAGGAUUGAGUGUGUUGCAAGCAACCAAGCCAGCUACUGUCGCUCCAAGCAUCUGCACGCAUCAAGUGUCAGCACAGCAUCUAAGCGGUUUUGGUUUUGACGGCAUCACCUUUAGCGGUUGUGAAGCAGAAGGAUCAAUGGGCUCAGGAGCGGCGAUGGGGGAGGUGGUUAACAGCAGCACCGACGUUGCGCCGAUCGACGUGGAGCAAGGCGAACCGCUGAACGCGGAGGAGAGAGUCACCAUUCCGACGGAAGGAACCGAGUAUAAGCGAACGCAGUCCGUGUUCCAGGCUGCGGCGUCAGCGCCAGGGACUCGCUUCCACCCCGUAUCCCUGGCCUUCAAGAACGUCACAUACACGGUGACGCUGGGGCGAGGCAAGUCGAAGACAAACAAGCUCAUAUUGGAUAACCUCACAGGAUACGUCAAGGCGGGCUCCUUCCUUGCCAUUAUGGGCCCCUCAGGCUCCGGAAAGACAAGUCUGCUGAACGUGCUAGCAGGCCGGGUGAUGAAAUCUGGAGCUAAAACCUCCCUGUCCGGGCAGGUGCUGGUGAAUGGACGCCCAAGAGACGAGAGCUUCAGGCGCAUCUCGGCGUAUGUGAUGCAGGACGACCUCAUGUUCUCCACGCUCACAGUCUGGGAGACGCUGCAGACGGCCGCCAUGCUGCGCCUGCCGUCGUCCACGCCCAAGGCGCAGCGCCUGCAGCUGGCCGAGUCCAUCAUUGCGGAGCUGGGGUUGAGCAAGGCGAGAAAUACUCCGAUCGGAAAUGAGAUGAUCCGUGGGGUUAGUGGUGGGGAGCGCAAGCGGACGAAUAUUGCAGUGGAAAUGCUCUCCAACCCUUCGCUCGUGUUCCUUGACGAGCCCACGUCUGGCCUGGACAGCUUCCAGGCGCUCAACGUGAUGAGUGCGCUCUCUGAUCUCUCCAAGAGCGGCCGCACCGUCAUCUCCACCAUCCACCAGCCGCGCUCCUCCAUCUUUGCCCUCUUUGAGAACCUACUUUUGCUGAGUGAGGGCCGCAUGGUAUUUUUCGGGCAGGCCGUCGACUCGGUCGAUUAUUUUGCCCGCCAUGGCUUCACCUGCCCGGAGCACUUCAACCCGGCCGACUACUUCAUGGAUAUGAUUUCCGUCGACCGUCGCGACGAGCAGAGGGAGACCGACUCCAUGGCCCGCAUCGACAAGCUCACUUCCAGCUACGAGCCUUCGCGGGAGGUCCGGCCGGACCUGCACCAGAAGAGCAUGGAGGAGCAGGCGGAGGCGACAGAGGGGAUGAAGUAUUCCAAGUACGCGUCUAGCUGGGGGACGCAGCUGGCGGUGCUGACAAAACGAUCGUGGUUGCAGGUGACGAGGGACCGGCUGCCGAUUGCAAUCGCGUACGUGCAGGCGAUGGUGAUGAUGGUGAUGAUAUGCAUCCUAUACUCCAACACGAGCGCCGCCCCCAAGCAGAACAUGUCAGGAUCCCUCUUCUUCAUCUCCCUCUUCCUCGCCUUCAACGGCAUCUUCCAGAUGAUUACGACAUUCCCACUGGAGAAAGGAGUGGUGAACCGCGAGCGAUCGUCCAACACGUACCGGGUGACCGCAUACUACCCCGCCAAGGUGCUCUCGGAGUGGCCCAUCCGCAUCGGCCCUGUGAUCGUGUUUGGCAUCAUCGCCUACUGGCCCAUUCAGUACCAGCGCGUGGCGUCCAAGUUCCUCCUCUUCCUCGUCAUCUGCAUGCUUGAAUUCACAGCCAUGAACGGCCUCGGUAUUCUGAUCGGGUCAAUAGCGCCCACCCCUCAGCUCGCCCUGGCCAUGGGUCCUCUCUUCACGGUCGUGCUCAUGCUGUUCGGCGGCUUCUACGUGAAUCUCGAUUCCAUCCCUGUGUGGAUCCGCUGGGUGCGCUACCUCUCGCCCAUCCAGUGGGGCUUCGUCGGCCUGGCUGUCAACCAGUUCGAGGGGCUGACCUUUGACUGCUCUCCCGCCUGCUCCAGUGGGGACCAGAUUCUGAAGGACCUUUCCAUUGACAACUACACUGUGGCCGAGGCGAUUGCAUACCAGUGCUGUCUGAUUGUGGGUAUGCACAUCAUCGCAUGCACAGCUCUCAUCCUGAACGGCCCAAAGAUGCAGCCUCUCAGUGCGCUGGGUUCCAAGGCCCAGCCAGUCCUCUUGCCGACGCAGGAGGAGACUCCCGAGGCUCUUGCUGCUGUGGUCAGCAGUGGGGAGGGUGGGGAGGAUAGGGCUCCCACGGAGGAAGAGCGCGUUUUGAAAGUGGAGUAG